AGCAAUGGAAUGAGGUGCUCUUAGAACCAAGAUGGACACUUUUGACAACAACGCCAACACCUCAGUCAAUAUGAGCAGCCUCCACUACUGUCAGUUCGAGGAGGAGUUUAAAUACAUCCUCCUCCCUGUCAGCUACGCCCUGGUCUUUGUGAUCGGCCUGGCACUUAACGCCACGGCGCUGUACGUGAUCCUGUUCCGCACCAAGCACUGGAAGCCCUCCACCAUUUACAUGUUUAACCUGACCAUGUGCGACACCCUGUACAUCAUGACUCUGCCCUUUCUCGUCUACUACUACGCCGAUGAGAACUACUGGCCCUUCAGCGAACCAUUCUGCAAGCUGAUACGCUUCCUCUUCUAUGCCAACCUAUAUGGUUCCAUUCUUUUCCUCUGCUGCAUCAGCCUACAUCGGUUUCUGGGUAUCUGCUAUCCAGUCCGAUCGCUCAACUGGGUCAGUGCCCGCCGGGCCAGGCUGGUGUCGGUGGCGGUGUGGGCCUGCGUUUUGCUUUGUCAGGCUCCAGUCCUCUACUUCUCCCGAACCAGGGAUGAGGGAGCAGAAAGGGUUUGCUAUGACACCACCAGCCCUGAGCUUUUUGACGACUUCCUGGUGUACAGCUCAGCCGUGUCUGUACUUAUGUUUGCCCUGCCCUUCAUGGUGGUGAUGGUCUGCUAUGGCCUCAUGGUGCGGAAGCUGCUGGAGCCAGGCUGGGUGUCGGAGGGGAGAGAAAACGGCGAGAGGAGUCUGGCAGCUCAGCGCAUCAAGCAGAAGUCAGUGAAGAUGAUUAUCAUCGUGCUGGCAGCGUUCAUGCUAUGCUUCCUCCCUUUCCAUCUCACCAGGAGCCUUUACUACUCCUUCCGGUAUCUAAGGCAGGUCCAUCCAGAACAGGUGACUUGUGAAUUACUGGAGGCAUCUAGUCUGGCUUAUAAAGUGACCCGGCCACUGGCCAGUGCAAACAGCUGUGUUGACCCCAUCCUGUACUUUCUGGCUGGGCAGGAUGUCCGUAGUAACCUUACAAAGAAGAGCAGGGUGUCAUCCUCAAAACCCGGACCUGUGAACAUACCACUGUCAACCCAACUCUAAUACAAUUUGUGGAAUUACUCUUAGAUCCGCAAGAUUGUCGGUCAGUGCUUUAAUA